AUGAGCAAACAAGGAAAUUUAUUCAAUAACAAACGCGAAGACUUCAAAAAAUAUUUGAAUGAUUUAGGUGUUAUUGAAGCUUUGACCAAUGUAUUAGCAAACCUUUAUAGAUCGGAAAUCCGACCGACAGAUCCGUUGGAUUACAUUCGCACUCAUAUGACAGAAAUUGUUAAGGAAAGAGAAGAACUGAAAAUGCUUAAGGAAACCUAUAAUAGUAUGAUCAGUCAAAUUCAGGAAAUGGAAGAAGAGAAUAUGCAACUAGCAAAAACAAUUAAAGAGUUGGAAAACUAUGGGGAUGAGUUGAACAAAUCCAAGUUGGAAGAAACUGAUGACAAUAACGUUGGAACAGAAUGA